AUGACUUAUGAUUUAGGAUUUGUUGUGGUAAUAGUAAGAUCUGACAUAGCUACUGGUGUACGGGGAAGAAAAACGUUCGUCAUACUUGGAUGUGAAAGAGAGGGAAAAUAUAAGAAAUACAAAGCUGAUGCAGUGGCUAGUGUAUAUGGGACUCGUAAAUGUGAAUGUCCGUUUAGAUUAAAGGGUAAACCAUGUUCAGAUGGGGCCGGAUGGGUGUUGAAGGUGAUGUGUGGACAUCACAACCAUGAGUUGGCUGAAACUUUAGUUGGUCACCCUUAUGCUGGCAGGUUAAAUACGAGUGAGAAGUCAUUACUGGUUGAUAUGACAAAGAGUAAAGUUACACCUGCAAAUAUUUUAUUAACACUCAAACAAAAUAAUGAUCGAAAUGUCACAACGAUUAAACAAAUCUACAACGCAAGGCAUGCGUAUAAACGAUCAUUAAGAGGGUCCAGAACUGAACUACAACAACUUAUGAUGUUGUUGGAUCGGGAUAAGUACAUUCACUGGAGUAGGUGUGCUGAUGAUUCAGAGGUUGUUACUGACUUAUAUAGACUUCCGUUGCUUGAGAUUGUGGGUAUGACGUCUACAGGGUUAACCUUCUCAGCAACAUUUGCUUUCUUGUCUACUGAAAGGCAGAGUAAUUUCACAUGGGCUUUGGAAAAGCUGAAAGGUUUACUUUUAACAUCUAAGGGUGGUCCUAAAGUCAUUGUCACUGACCGAGACUUGGCUUUGAUGAAUGCCAUAGCAAAUGUAUUCCCUGAGUCAUAUCAGAUGUUAUGUCGGUUCCACAUCCUUAAAAAUACUUGGAUUAUUCCGUACAACACAUACUUUGUAAAGUUCUGGACGAACAAAGUAAUGCAUUUAGGGAACACAACCACAAAUAGGGCUGAAUCUGCUCAUUGGAGCCUGAAGAAAGUUCUGGGCAAUAGUAUGGGUGAUUUGUGUUCUUGUUGGGAUAAUAUUCAUAACGUCAUUAUCCUACAACACAACAAGAUUAAGGCAUCAUUUGAAAGUAGUUUGUUGCUCACGAGUGACCAUUUUAAAGGCUACAGAUAUAGAGAACUUAUUGGAUGUGUGUCUCGAUUUGCAUUGGAUCUCAUUGCUAAGGAAUUGAAAAUAGUGCAGCAGAUAGGAUUGAACUCCUCAAAGUGUGGAUGCAUAUUGAGACGUACAUUUGGUGUCCCAUGUGCAUUUGAAUUAGCACGAUAUGAUCCUAGGAUGAUCCCUAUAGGUGAAUUUCAUAUCAUGUGGCGAAGAUUGCAUUUCUCAAAUGUUGAAUUAAAUGAAACUGAGCCUCAGUUAUCCAUUAAAGAUGAGUUGAAACAAGUAGAAGAACGAUUCAAUGUGGUUGACGUUGGCGGUAAAGUCACCAUCAAGCAGAAGUUACUUGAGAUUGUUUGUCCUACAUUGACAUCAAUGGUCCCUCCAUUACAUAAAGUCAAGACAAAGGGUGCACAAAAAAGUAAAGUUAAAUGA